GAGAAGUCCCAAUAAAAGGAAAAACCCCGUGAUUAUUUGUUUCCCUGAAAGCAGAAGCAGCAAAACCCUAGAAAAUUAACAGCCUUUUCGAGCUCUUCUCAUGGAUCCUCCGCCGCCAGAGGCCGUCUACUACAUCUGUGGAGAUUGUGGGAUGGAGGUGCAGCUGAAAUCCAACGAUGUGAUUCAGUGCCGCGAGUGCGGUUACCGUAUCUUAUACAAGAAGCGUACUCGCCGCAUUGUUCAGUAUGAGGCACGCUGAGAAACCCGCUCAGAGCUCCUCAGCAUGGCAGCAGAUGACAUGAAAGGUAGAUGUCGCUUGUUAAAUACCUCCAUGUUUGAUACAACUUGGGGGCCAACUCAAAAUAGCCCGAUUGGGCAAGGUAAUUCAGUGUAACAAACGCAGCUGUAGUGACAUUAAAAUUGAACAUAUUGUUGUGAAAUAUUAUGUUUGGCGAUGAAUGGAACAUCAAGACGUCUGUUUGGAGCCUUAUAAUUGAGAAUGGUUGACAAAUGUUCAGUUUC